AUGCCUCCCACAGCUGCUGAGCAGCGGCCAGAAUUCGUUCAUCCAGAUGCGCGGCAUGCGAAGAAGAGGCGCCCAUCCGCAUUCCUGAUCGAGCCUAUCAAGGUAUUCUAUAUCUUCUUAGUCGCAAAUGCCAUCUCGGCCACCUUCGCACCUAUCCAGGACUGCGACGAGACUUUCAACUACUGGGAGCCCACCCACUACCUCUCCCACGGCUAUGGCCUGCAAACCUGGGAAUAUUCGCCAGACUACGGCAUACGAAGCUGGUCCUACGUUGGGCUGCAUGCUAUAGUUGCCAAUCUUCGAAGACUGCUGCCUCGACCCACCAAGGUUGCCGAGUUCUACUUCCUCCGAUAUGCGCUGGCCUUUGUAUGUUCCUUGUGCCAAGUGCUCUUGUACCGCUCCGCAAGCAUCAACCUGGAUAGCCGGAUCGGACUCUUCUUCACCAUGGCCACGGUCAUGUCGCCGGGGAAUUUCCAUGCUAGCACUGCCUACCUCCCGUCGAGCUUCGCUAUGUACGCCUCCCUUCUUGGCGCUGCCGCGUUCAUCAACUGGAGGGCCGAACUGAGGACCUUCUGGGGCAUCUGGUGGUUCGCCGUAGGGGGCAUCCUGGGCUGGCCCUUCGCCGCGGCGUUGUGUGCUCCAUUCCUGCUUGAGGAGGUGCUGAGCGGCCGUCACCGUUUGUCCGAAGCCGCCAUCGGCAUCGUCCGGGGCGGCGUCGCUGCACUGCUGCUGCUUAGCGCCGAUGCGGCCAUAAAUACCUUCUUUUACCGCAAGUUCGAGGUUGUCCCGUGGAAUAUCGUCAAGUAUAACAUCUUCAGCUCGACCGGGGGUCCCAACCUAUACGGUACCGAGCCGUGGACGUUCUAUUUCCGCAACCUCGCCAUCAACUUCAAUAUCUGGUUUUUCCUCGCCUUACUCUCCCUGCCGCUAUUUCUCCUUCAAAAGGCGGUUUCCACGAAGCAGCACGAUAUCCGGUCCGUGAUGCGCACCGUCGUGUUCCUCACCCCGUUCUACAUGUGGCUUGCCAUCUUUUCCGUCCAGCCUCACAAGGAAGAGCGGUUCAUGUACCCUAUGUACCCAUUCAUCGCGCUGAAUGCGGCCUUGGGGCUACACGUAAUUCUAGCUGCCCUCGGAACUUCGGACCCGAGGACGCUCAUAGGGAAGAUCCCGGCGCGCCUCAAGCUUUUUGCCGUAUUGGGCGUGAUGUUGCUGUCUCUGGAUCUGGGCGUCGCUCGCAUCAUCGGGUUGUAUACUGCUUACUCAGCCCCUCUCAAGCUAUACCAACCCCUCGGGGCUGGUGAGGCUGGUGAGGCUGGCCUCGGUGGCCGCGGCGAUCACGUCUGUUUUGGCAAGGAAUGGUAUCGCUUUCCCAACUCGUAUUUCCUACCUCGCGAUAUGCGCGCCAAAUUCAUUCGGUCCGAGUUUCGAGGCCUACUUCCCGGAGAGUUCGCAGAGGCGCGGACCGGCUUCGGCUUCUGGAGCGGCACCUGGCUGCCGCCAAGAGGCAUGAAUGACCGUAAUCAGGAAGACAUGGGAAAGUACGUUGAUAUCAGACAAUGCUCGUUCUUGGUCGACACACAGUACCCGGAACACCAGGUCCCUCUACCUCCGAACGAGCCUGAUUAUAUUUCUGACGGGGAGAACUGGGAUACUGUCAAGUGCGAGCCGUUCCUUGACGCGGCAAACACGCACCUACUCGCCCGAGUUCUCUGGAUCCCGGACUGGGAGAUCGUGCCGGAAAAGUACAGGAGAAAAUGGGGACGGCACUGCUUGCUGCAGAGAAAAUUAUAG